GCCAUGGAUACUGUAUAUGGGUACAAACGGAGUGUGAGACCUGUUGUUACUAUUAGCAGUACUGGAGAAGGAGACACAGUUUAUUCCUCAUUGGGUGAUAUCAGCAAUGGUGAUCAGAUAGAGAAAAGUGACCUGACCUCGGCAAGUCCCAGUCCUAGUCCUGGGACAUCUGCCAGUGUUCAUGAGGAUGAUGCUGACAGUGAUAUUGGGCCACCAUCCAAGAAAAGCAGACGACUAGCACCUCCACACAAGUAUGCCACAACAAAGGAAAGUUUCAUGAAGAUGAUGGACAGCUGUCAGAGAGCACGAGCAAGACAACAUGAACAAAAGCUGGAUUUGUUGGCUCGCCUGCAUCAGGAGAAAAUGGAAAUGUUUGGAGGUCUUCUUGAUGCAAUUAAAGGAUUAAGCAAGCAGUAGAUUAAAGCCAUUUGUGUUGUCUGGUUUAAAAAAAUUAGUAAGUCAUUAUGGCAAUGUGCAUGUUGGUAACAGCAAUACAAGCAAAUCAACAGCAGUCAUUUUCUAUUCAACAGUGCAUGUUUAUGUAGCGUUUGAUUCCAUCACGUUUUCCAGUAGCAUAAGCAUCUUCCCCGGUAACUGCCUCAAAA